AAAAAGGUGUACAACAACCUUUCCCAGUGCCCCGGGCCGGCAGCAACAAUAAACACUCCCGUCCUCGCCCUUGGUCCAUCAUCUGUCUCUGUGCUCCAUCGUUGACUGGUGACACGCCGCUGGUUAGAGGGAUAGUUUGCAGCUACCGCGCAGAGGAACAAAGAUGAGACUGAGUGUGUUGGCGGUGUUUCUGGCAGCUGUGGCCUCGGCCUCGGCUGUCUCCUUCUUCUCAGUGGUGCUGGAGGAAUGGGAAUCUUUCAAGCUGGAACAUGGAAAAAAAUACACAAACAAGGUGGAAGAUGCAUUCCGCAUGAAGAUCUUCACAGAAAAUAAACAUAAAAUUGCUUCUCACAACAAACUUUAUGCCACUGGACAGAAGGGUUAUAAGCUCAAGAUGAAUAAAUAUGGUGAUAUGCUCCAUCAUGAAUUUGUGGCAACCAUGAAUGGCUUCCGCUGGAACCGCACUGCUGGAGGCUACAGGGCCAGCCGACCCUUCGCUGGUGCCACCUUCAUUGAGCCUGAUGACGAUGUUGUGAUGCCCACAAGUGUUGACUGGAGGGAGAAGGGUGCAGUGACCCCCAUCAAGGACCAGGGACAGUGUGGCUCUUGUUGGUCCUUCUCUGCUACUGGUUCACUGGAAGGACAGCACUUCAGACAGACAGGGAAGCUAGUGAGCCUCUCUGAGCAGAACCUGAUUGAUUGUUCUACUAAAUAUGGCAACAAUGGCUGCAAUGGAGGCCUUAUGGACUUUGCCUUCAAGUACAUUAAGGACAAUGGUGGAAUUGACACAGAGCAGUCAUACCCAUAUGAGGCUGAGGAUGACAACUGUCGCUAUAAUCCCCAAGAAUCUGGGGCUGAGGACAAAGGUUUCGUAGAUGUCCGUGAGGGCAGUGAGCAUGCACUCAAGAAGGCUGUUGCUACUGUGGGGCCUGUUUCUGUGGCCAUUGAUGCUUCCCAUGAGUCCUUCCAGUUCUACCACAAGGGUGUCUACAGUGAGCCAGAGUGCAGCCCUGAGAACCUGGACCAUGGUGUGCUUGUGGUGGGUUAUGGCAAGGAUGAAGAUGGCACAGACUACUGGCUUGUCAAGAAUUCAUGGGGAACUACUUGGGGUCUGGAUGGUUAUAUGAAGAUGCACCGUAAUAGCCACAAUAUGUGUGGUAUUGCUAGUGCUGCUUCCUACCCCCUUGUUUGAGGGGAAGGAAGUAGAGAGCAGUAUUAUAUUAAUUGAGGAGCAGCAUACAUAAUAUCUAGACAAUAUACUAGCCUGUGGCACUCACUUGGGGAGGUGUGGGUUAAUGUGCACUGCAGUUUUAUCUCGAGGAGACAAACAUUGAAUCCAUGAUGAAUAGGAUUCUUUAUGAACCUGUUAAGAGCUCACAUUGCUGUUUUGGAGGAAGGGGGGGGAUGGUUGUGUGUUUUUUUUCAACCAUUUUUUUUUUUUUUUUUGCAUGUAUUCACUUAGGAAAAUAAAGUUUGAUAAUAAAAUCUGUAAAGACAAUAUCUUUUAGGUGGUCACCUUUGAUAUUGGUGUUGGAGCUCAGGUGUAUGGUAUGAAUUUACCUUUUCAUUUUUCAUAAGAAAUAAAAAGAAAUUGUAUUUUCAACAA